CUUGUCAUUGAGCAGCAAGAUGGCGUCAGCGUCAGAACAUCAGGGUGCAGUAGAUAGAGAACUGGAUGAAUUAUUGGACAGUGCUCUUGAUGAUUUUGACAAGACCAGUGCACCACCUGCGAUCCCUGAAGCCCCCACUGCCACUGAUGCUGGAGGAAAGAGUGAAGAGAAGCCGCCUCUGCUGGAGGACAGUAAGUUCUUUGAGUCUCUCUUUGAUGGGGAGAUGGCCAAUCAAGCACGGGAGGAGUGGGAAAAAGCCAUGACUGAGCUAGCCCAGGAAGAGCCUGAGCUUCUACAGCACUUUCAGAAGCUGUCUGAAGCAGCAGGCAAAGUAGGCACAGAUGUAGCAUCACAGCAAGAAUUCACCUCCUGUCUUAAAGACACCCUUAGUGGUUUGGCAAAAAAUGCAGACAACCUGCAGAGUGCAGGACUGGCCGGAGAGGAUCUAGUGAAGACCUUGGAGAACCUGGGAUUGAAUGAAAAUGGGGAGGGAAGCGGUGAAGAUGGAAAUAUUCUCCCUAUUAUGCAGUCCAUCAUGCAGAACCUUUUGUCCAAAGAGGUUCUGUACCCUUCUCUUAAAGAAAUAACAGAAAAGUAUCCUGAAUGGCUGGAGAGCAACAGGCAGUCCUUUCCCCCAGACCAAUUCACGCGGUAUGAGCAACAGUACAAGAUAAUGGGAGAGAUAUGCAGCCAGUUUGAGAAAGAUGGAGACAGAGAGAACACAUUUGAAAAUAUUCUGGAACUCAUGCAGAAGCUACAAGACUUGGGUCAACCUCCAAAAGAGCUUGCUGGAGAGGCACCUCCUGGCUUGAACUUUGAUCCAGAAUCUCUGAAUCUUCCUGGAGCACAAGGGGUCCCAGGAGCGGAGCAGUGCUCAGUCAUGUGAUCUCAAAUUAAUGUACAUUUGAAAACGUUGCAAUUUGGAGCCAAUUAUCAGAACCGGAAUUGGACACAUGCUCCCAUUUUAAAGGAGUUUGCUUUUGUGUCUGCCCUGGAACUGUGAACGUUCACUACAUCAUAUUCAUCCCUAAUCUGUAUACUGUACUCACUGUAGAGCAGCUCUAAAUGUUUUGAUAUCACAGUGCGCUGACAGCUUGGAAAGAGUUGAAGUCUUUUGAAUUUUGUAAAAGUCAUACACCUUUAUAUCAAAGCACAUUUGACAGUUCAUUUGGUGGAAUGUGUUUUGCAAUUAAUUGGAGACAAAUGAGUGGAGCUCAAAUUGAGUGGAAAAGUUUAGUAUAAUUUUACUUUUAAGUCUCAGAAGAAUGGUUAGGGUCUACAAACAUAGAUUCCAUUAGAUUCAAUUUUGAUAAUAUUAUUUUAAUAUAUAAUAUAUAAAUGUAUGUGUAGAUCUAUUCUCACACUAUAGCACCCAGGAUCAUUUCAGUGAUUUGACAACUAAUCGGUGACAAAACUUAGACAUUAAAACAUUCUCAAAUUACUACCUACAGAAAUUUCAAAUCCCAAUAAUAUAUCCUAAAUAUCAUGAUCACUUUUACAUUACAUUUGUGUGUGGAAUAGAAUGGUUCUCUCUCUUUAUAUCUGCUAAUGGUUUCUGUACACCACUGCAUGUUUGGACAUUCAAGAGUAGUGAAUUACCCAUGUUGAUUUGACUCAUUCCCAUCAUUCCGAUGGUGGUGCCUCUUCAAAUGUGAGGUGCUAUUGUCACACUUAGUCCCCAUUAUGCCUUGAUUAAAAUAAUUUUGGCUCAUGGGAAGUGGAGCUCAAAUUCAAAUUAUUGCUCAGUACUAACAUUGAAAGAAUAAAGGAUACCUCAGAAGUGGACCAAGUUUGGUAGAAUUGAAAAUCAAACCGAGAAUGCAAAGGCCUUUUGCUUUUGGGAGGAUGUUCACAUGAUUCUUUUGUGCAAACAGGUUUGAAUGUGUGGAAAUGGGAUCUCUUUGUAGGAUCAUACUAGGAAAUUAUUGGCCAUCAACUUGCCUGCUUAUAAUGGCUAUGGCAAUAUGACAUAGUAUUAUAUGGCCAAUACAGAGAUUAUGUUAAGGAUAGACAUAAUGGCAUGUGGAUGGACAGGACAGAAAGAUUUAAGGGUUUCAACUCUCGGGGUUUGCAUAAACACUUGUAAGAGUCACCCCACUUGUCCAGUGGCGGUAUCCAGCAGAAUAGUAUAGGUUUCUGCGCAUUGGUCGCCCGAAAAGACGAACACUCAAUUCAUCUCAUUAUUGGUUGUGGCAUAUUCUACAAUAUAAAGAAAAUUGCAAUUCUGAAAAAUGAAAUAAAAAAAAAUAAAAAAUUACUGGUAAAUAUU